GGGCAGGUGGGUGGGCGGCGUGGCGCGACCAUGGAGGUGGCUCUGGUGAGCCUGCAGGAGAACGGCGGAGCCAACAACGGAGAGCAGCAGCAACUCCACUCGGCGCUCAUGGAUGACUUGGGCAAGGAGGUGAACGCUCCCCGUCAGCAGCAGCAGCAGCAGCAGCAGCAGCAGCAGCAGCAGCAGCAGCAGCAGCAGCAGCAGCAGCAGCAGCAGCGGGAGCAAGCUCCCCCCACGCAGGCUCCCGCCUGGAGGAUCAACGACAUGAACAGCACGCUGAGCAGCAGCGAGAACGCCAUGGACGCGCUGCUGCGCGCCGACCACAGCCCGCACGUGUUUGACGACGAGCUCCUGGACCUGGACGCCGACAGCAACGAGCGUGUGCUCAUCAACAUCGCCGGCCUGCGCUACGAGACGCAGCUGGGCACCCUUAACCAGUUCCCCGACACGCUGCUGGGCGACCCGGCCAAGCGGAUCAAGUACUUUGACCCGCUGCGCAACGAGUACUUCUUCGACCGCAACCGGCCCAGCUUCGACGGCAUCCUCUACUUCUACCAGUCGGGCGGCAAGAUCCGCCGGCCAGUCAACGUGUCCAUCGACGUGUUUGCCGACGAGAUCCGCUUCUACCAGUUGGGCGAGGAGGCCAUGGAGCGCUUCCGCGAGGACGAGGGCUUCAUCAAGGAGGAGGAGAAGCCGCUGCCGCGGAACGAGUUCCAGAAGCAGGUGUGGCUGAUCUUCGAGUACCCGGAGAGCUCGAGCCCGGCGCGCGGCAUCGCCAUCGUGUCGGUGCUGGUCAUCACCAUCUCCAUCAUCACCUUCUGCCUGGAGACGCUGCCCGAGUUCCGGGACGAGCGCGAGCUGGGCGGGCGCCCCGACAACGGCACGGCGGCCCGGCGGCCCUCGCUGACCUUCAGCGACCCCUUCUUCAUCAUCGAGACCACCUGCGUCAUCUGGUUCACCUUUGAGCUCUUUGUGCGCUUCUUCGCCUGCCCCAGCAAGUCCGAGUUCUCCAAGACGGUGAUGAACAUCAUCGACAUCAUGUCCAUCAUGCCCUACUUCAUCACGCUGGGCACCGAGCUGGCCGAGCAGGGCCAGGAGCACCCCAACGGCCAGCAGGCCAUGUCGCUGGCCAUCCUGCGCGUCAUCCGCCUGGUGCGCGUCUUCCGCAUCUUCAAGCUGUCGCGCCACUCCAAGGGCCUGCAGAUCCUGGGCCAGACGCUCAAGGCCAGCAUGCGCGAGCUGGGCCUGCUCAUCUUCUUCCUCUUCAUCGGCGUCAUCCUCUUCUCCAGCGCCGUCUACUUCGCCGAGGCCGACGAGCCCGAGUCGCACUUCUCCAGCAUCCCCGACGCCUUCUGGUGGGCUGUGGUCACCAUGACCACGGUGGGCUACGGCGACAUGCGCCCCGUCACCGUGGGCGGCAAGAUCGUGGGCUCGCUCUGCGCCAUCGCCGGCGUGCUGACCAUCGCGCUGCCCGUGCCCGUCAUCGUCUCCAACUUCAACUACUUCUACCACCGCGAGACCGACCAGGACCAGUCGUCGCUCAAGGAUGAGCCCGAGGCCAAGGCGGCGCCGGCUGAGCCGGCGGGGAGCAAAGGCUCGCCCGUCAAGGGCAAGGCGGCCGAGGCCAACAGCGGCUUGGACCUGAAAAGCUCUCUGUACGCCUUCUGCCUGGACACGCGGGAAACCGACUUGUAGGCGGGUGCCCAGCGUGCGCGUCGACCCCAUCUCAGGUGGAUACGCCGUCUGGCGACGGGACCCGUACCAGGUCAGUGCGCGGCCAUUGUCCAACCUUGGGAUCCCUCUUCCGGCUCCUCCGCCCGACCCCGGUCAAGCGGCAUCGCCCGACGGCGGCGCAGCGGCAUCUGGACGCGGCCGAGCGGAACGGGACGUGCGCCUCGGCCCCCGUUACUUUCAUGUCAAUUCACGGCUAAUUGCAGCGUUGCCGCGGCAACCGCGCUCACCGCCGCGCGUUUCACACUCCUGAACGUGACAGAUGGAGACACGCUCGGCCAAUGGAUGGUCACGUGCUCGGCGACACGCAGUAGUCGAGGCGCCUUCCUCAUCUCCCGCUUUUACAUGACAAAGCGCGGCGUUGGCGCAGGGCUCGCUUGCCGUGUCCCUGAACGCCUCGUCUCGUCUCGCGUGGUGCCGUGCGGCGUGAGGAGAUUAGAAAACUUAAAAAUAUCUGCUGAAAGCUGAUGGACGGCCGUCUCGUUUGGCUGCCGACACUCAAACUGCUUGCUUGCUUGCUUUUAAUCCCUCACUCCAUUUCCAUAAUCUCCGCCACGCGGGCGCGCAUGCACGCUUGCGCACGCCCAUUCAUAGAAACUCACGGCACGCA